CGGAGGCGCUUAUGAAUGGGAGACUCGCAGAUUGCUGGGCAGAGUCAGCGAACCGGGAAGACCAAGUUAGAAGUCGUUUCCCUAAGCCGCCCCUCGUGCGGACUGGGAUCCCGAGCCCCCGGAGCUGGAGCCCCUUCCCGGCUGCUGAGCAGCGAGGCCGGUUUGCAUCCCAACGCCCUUGGGCUUCAGCUCUGGGCGGUCUGGAUGGAGGGCGGCCUCCCACCGCGCCAGCUUCGGCCUGAAGCUGGAAUCUUCCCGGAGCAAUUCGUGUUAAUUAGUGGGGAAUGAGGCCUCCUCGGAUUUUCCCCCAAGAAAAGAGAAUUUCCCCAAGGAACGGGAAGAUAUUUGGCGCUGUUUCUUCUGGAGUCGGACUUUGGUGUAGUUUGAAAGAGGGGUAAAAGGGACGCUGGAUAUGAGGUGCCCGUCCUGAGCUCCAGAGAGCUGCCCUCCACGGAGCCUAGGAGAGGAGCGGGCGAACAUGAAGUCCAAUCCUGCCAUCCAAGCUGCCAUUGACCUCACGGCGGGGGCUGCAGGGGGCACAGCGUGCGUCUUGACUGGGCAGCCCUUCGACACGAUGAAAGUGAAGAUGCAGACGUUUCCCGACCUGUACAGGGGCCUCACCGACUGCUGCCUCAAGACCUACUCGCAGGUGGGCUUCCGGGGCUUCUACAAGGGGACCAGCCCGGCACUGAUCGCCAACAUCGCCGAGAACUCCGUCCUCUUCAUGUGCUACGGCUUCUGCCAGCAGGUGGUGCGGAAGGUGGCGGGACUGGACAGGCAGGCGAAGCUGAGUGACCUGCAGAACGCGGCUGCUGGCUCCUUCGCCUCUGCCUUUGCUGCCCUGGUCCUCUGCCCCACCGAGCUGGUGAAGUGCCGGCUGCAGACCAUGUAUGAGAUGGAGACGUCAGGAAAGAUAGCCAAAAGCCAGAACACAGUUUGGUCUGUCGUGAAGAGCAUCCUUCGCAAAGACGGCCCCUUGGGCUUCUACCAUGGACUGUCGAGCACUUUACUUCGAGAAGUACCGGGCUACUUCUUCUUCUUCGGGGGCUAUGAACUGAGCCGAUCUUUUUUUGCAUCGGGGAGAUCAAAAGAUGAAUUAGGCCCUGUCCCUUUGAUGUUAAGUGGAGGGUUUGGCGGCAUCUGCCUCUGGCUUGCUGUUUACCCCGUGGAUUGUAUCAAAUCCAGAAUUCAAGUUCUUUCCAUGUCUGGAAAACAGGCAGGAUUCAUUGGAACCUUUAUAAGUGUUGUGAAAAAUGAAGGGAUAACGGCUCUGUACUCUGGACUGAAACCUACCAUGAUUCGUGCGUUCCCUGCCAAUGGGGCACUCUUUUUGGCCUACGAAUACAGCCGGAAGUUGAUGAUGAGCCAGUUUGAAGCAUACUGAAAUGUUCUGGUGAACCUCGAUCCAAAUGCAGGCGUCUGAGGACUGCAGUUCAUCUCAGGGUUCAUGGAGUACAAGACCAACAUGGAAUUACUGGGAUUUCGUGGGAAUUUUCUUUUUUUGUCUUCUACUCUUCUACCUUAAAUGUUUCAGCUUUAUAGAUGAGCCUCUAUUUUACACCAGAUAAUUUCUGCCCAUAAUUGUAUUGAAAUGGGACAGUGGCUGCUCUUGUCCUUGGCGGGACAUGCAGGGUGGGGUACUGGCCGUAGGUCCCUAAUCUGAAAGGCCAGAUAGAGCUCUAGCAAGGUUUUGCAUCACCCUUUAUGUGGAUAGGUUUAGAUGGUUACAUUGUGAGUGAAGCACAAUUUAGUUCCAUGUUUAAUCUCAAAUCUUAUCGGAAAACCCAGAGGUAACUGUGUUUCUUGAAGACGGUUAUAAAUGCUUACUCCAUUCUAGAUGUAGGGUCUCUUUUAAAAUCUGCUGAGCACGUACACUACACUGUUUAUCAAGUUUUUUCCUGUGGUGCUUAAAAACUAAGAGAAGAUCCGUCUAGAUUUUCAAAGAGACAAUACCCACACACUAGUGUGGCUUCCAUGCUCUUGAUUUAAGUUUCAGAGGAAGCAUCCUGGAUUUUCCCAUGAUUCUCCUCUGUGCAAACCGUGCCAUUCAUCUUUUAGGUGGGAUCACAUUCCACACUCGGACUCACUGUUGGGUGUGGCCUCAAGCCGACAGCCUUUGGGAAGCGGCAUGGCCUCACCUGUGCCAGCAUCUCUCCCUCUCCCGAGGAGCUCCCCUCUGCUGGCCUUGGGCUUGAGGGGGAGGGGGCUGUGCUGCUACAGCUGACAGCCUCCCCGAGCCCCUGCCUCUGGGUCCUGGCCUGGGUGGGAUUCCAGAGUAUUCUGUUGGACCAUCUGUGGGCUGUUCAUCCACUUUGGACCAUACCCUUCUUGCCAAAUGGAAAUCCUUCCAGGGAGCAGAGUGCCAAAGCCAAGAGGAAGCCCUGGCUCCCAGCCUGGGGACAGAGUGACAGAGUGACAGUGCUCGUGGGCGAUGUCCUCUCCCCUCGGAUGGAACCAGACAGAGCCUGGUGCCUGCAUAGCACCACAUGGGUGGUGGCAGGGCUGCCCCAGGCCUGGGAGUGGGACCCCUUGGUGUGCUUUCACGGUGCUGGAACCUUUGCCAUUGGGUGCUGGCCGCCAGUGGAUUUCAGUCUAUGGGGUCUAUGGGGUGUGACUUUGCAAAGCAAUGAAGCAAAAGUAAUUUUAUUAAAUGAUGCCAUAUGUAUGCACUACCAACAAACCUCAGUUCAUCCGAUUCCCACCGACUUGAGAUGCACAGCUAUUCUCUGGCCAUCUGGUGUAAAGGGCCUUCUUGUCCUCACUGAAUAAGCUGCCUCAUUCCAUGCUGCUCUAGAACCACCGAGGGCUUUUGUAAAGUGCUCUUACACAGCCUGUGCGGCCCUCGGGACCAGGCUGACGUGUUCGGAUGAGUCCAUAGUGGUGUGUCUGUCCCAUGGGCAGAGGCCUCCAGUUGCUACAAGCUUUCUGUUCCCCAUAAAGCCUCAGUGGUGACACCAGCCACGUCCCGGAAGCCAGAGGGUCAGGGAGACAUUGAUGCUGCUCCAUAGGCUCAGAGCUGGGCCUGGUUUUCCGUUUGCUUUUUCUUGAAAACCAGUUUUCUCCCUUACCUUUCUCCAUCCUUCAGUGGUCAGCAGCUCCUGAGUGGUGCUUCAUCUGAAUAGGCGUUUGGAGUGAAGCAACCUUAGAAAGUGGGGCUGGUGUCCAGCAGGAGGUGAACUGGUCCAUUGCCCACCGGGCUUCUUCUUGGGCAGUAGAGCUUCUCACGCGUGGUCCUGUCGCGGUUUAACCGAAAAUCAACAGAAACGGCCUGAGGCGAGUAAGGGUGAGUGGGAGUAAGGAAUGCAAAUUGAAUUUGGGAGUUUUGCUGUGUUUUCCAUUCUACUUGAAUCAUUCAUGGUUCAGUAUUUGGGUACAAUGUGUAUCACUUCAGAUCUGUACUCCAGACAAAAAUAUAGUAACUCAAAAUAGUGUGCUUAAAAAAAUUCUCAUGUUCUGUCAUUAAAUUAUUUGCCUAAUCUUGGACGAUAUGGUUUGUUGAAGGGCCUGACCUACAUGCUCAGAACCAGCCGUGGGGAAUGGUGAAGCGUGAUGGACGGUAACAUUUCGAGGUGGUUGUUUAUUGCAAUGAGCACUGUUUGGUCAGCAACAUUCCCGAUGUGAAAUAACAACUUGAUAAAAAUACAUGUUCUUUCUAUACACCCCAGUUAGGAAACUUGGCCCCCUAGAAUUACUUUCACUCUCCACCGGGCUGUGGGUGUGAUGUGACUGCUUUGGGAGAAUGCCGUUCUGUUUUUUAAUAAACUUGAUAUCAGGUUUUAGAUAGUUAUAUUCCAGGUCAGUCAAUUCUGUUUUAAGAAAACCAAUAUCAUUCUGACAUAUAAUGAUGUAAGUUUCUCAAGUUGUUCAAUGACUUACACUGGGUUUCGGGAGAGCAUCCUUGUGGGUAGCCCUGCAAGUUCACUUUGUGAGCAAAAGCAGAAUAGUGACAGCACAUAAUUGCCAGAAAUUUUGAUGGACCUUUGGUGGUUAGAGAACAGAGACCAGCUGUAAUCUCCUUUAUUUCAAAAAGUAAGAGGAGUUCCUGUCAUGGCACAAUAGAAAGAAAUCUGACUAGGAACCAUGAGAUUGUGGCUUCGAUCCCUGGCCUUGCUCAGUGGGUUAAGGAUCCGGCAUUGCUGUGAGCUGUGGUUGUAGGUUGAAGAACCCAGCUCAGAUCCCGAGUUGCUGUGGCUCUGAUGUAGGCCGGCAGCUACAGCCCUGAUUAGACCUCUAGCCUGGGAACCUCCAUAUGCCUUGGGUGCGACCCUAAAAAGACAAAAAAAAAAAAAAAAAAAAAAAAAAAAAACCAAGAGGAGUUUCUAUCAUGGCUCAGCGGACAUGAAUCUGACUAGCAUCCAUGAGGACCCAGGUUCGAUUCCUGGCCUUGCGAAGUGGGUUAAGGAUCCGGCGUUGCUGUGAGCUGUGGUGUAGGUCGAAGAUGCGGCUCGGAUCCCAGGUUGCUGUGGCUGUGGUGUAGGCCAACACGGAUUCGACCCAUAGCCUGGGAAUCUCCAUAUGCUGAGGGUGCGGCCCUAAAAAGACAAAAAAAAAAAAAAAAAGUCAAAAAGCAAGAUUUUGAAAAAUGGGGGUUUCCCAAUUUUUGCCAAUAUUAGAGGUAGAUGUUAGGCCUCACUUUUUCCCCCCAUUCACCUAAGUCUACUACCUGAUCUGCCUUCCGGGGAUUAUGGCUUCAGGAAUGUUAAAUAGGAUAACCUGCUCUGCCGUAACACGUUUCUGUAGCACGUAGUCCAGGGAAUAAUGUAAUGAGGACAUGGAAGGGAUUGGAAAGCAUAUUCCUCCAACGGAGUCAGAUUAGGAGAAGGAGAAGGAGAACUUUUGCCAGCAAAGCAAAACGCCUUUAGCUGGGCUGCUGCACUGGUAGCUGGGACCCUUAAUGUGGGCUGUUUUGAGGGGAGGAGAAGCACCUGCAUGGCCUUCCAUGCCACGAUGAUGGCAGCCCGGAGCUGUCCUCCCAUCUCUGCCAGGUGGGCACCCUCCUGCCCUUUUCUGUAAAGUAUUGCUCUAAUGUCCCUUAAAGAAGAACCUACUGCUGGAACCUUCAGAUCUCCUGGGGCUGCCAGUCUAAGUGGUUGCCAACCUUACUGUGCUCAUACAACUUUGCUUAGUGGGAGUGGUCUGUUCCAGCCCCACAAACCAUUUUAAUGUGUAUUUCGUGCAAAGUGCAAGAUUUUUCAGGGAUGAGCGUAUUGUGUUUUAGCAGAGGUGCUGGUCCUCAUGAGUUGCUACCUUUCAUUUCCUGAUGGAUUCAGGUUGGGCUAGAUGGUUGAGAGCCUUGCCAAUAAAGGGAAAACUACUCAAGUAAGGAUAAUUUCAAUAAAGUCAACAUGGAACUGUUUUCAAAGAACAGUUGUGGCCUUACAAUAUAGUGGCAGUGAAGGUAUUUAGAAAAAAAAUAGCACCCGGUACCAAAGAGAAAAUGAUGCUUCCCUGUGGACACAGGACUCACCAGUGUCUAUAGUGAAAAGGUGACCUUACGGGAGAGUUCCCCAAGUUCAGAUGAAGCUGGUUGUGAGGAGGCGUGGUGGAUUUUAAAAUAAUGUAGAUUGCUCGAGGCGCAUGUUUCCUUUGACUUCAUUUGUGAUGUUACACCAAAGCAGAGGUCACUGAAGCUUCCUUCAUUCAUGUUUACCAGGUUUCUCUGGCCUUCGCGACGUUGUGUGUGUAAUGAAAGGAAGCUUGCUUGUCAAGCUCUGUGCAGUGCUUGGGAGCAAAAGAAAAGCAUGUGCUGGGGGGUGGAAGGCUGCUGCUGUGAACAUUUCUCUGGGUUUUUUCAAGUCUUUGCUGCCAUUCUGAUGUUGGUUAAUAGUUUGUAAAUCAAGUAGAGGAAGGGGUCAAAAAUGACCUUUCUAGGAGUUCCCGUCGUGGCGCAGUGGUUAACGAAUCCGACUAGGAACCAUGAGGUUUCGGGUUCCGUCCCCGCCCUUGCUCAGUGGGUUAACGAUCCGGCGUUGCCAUGAGCUGUGGUGUAGGUCGCAGACGCAGCUCGAAUCCUGCGUUGCUGUGGCUGUGGUGGAGGCCGGCGGCUACAGCUCUGAUUCAACCCCUAGCCCGGGAACCUUCAUAUGCCGCGGGAGUGGCCCAAAGAAAUAGCAAAAAAGAAAAAAAAAAAAAAAAUGACCCUUCUAAAUAAUCUGUAAUUACCCAUUUAAAAGAAGGGAAUAUGUACUUGGCCAAAUACAUGUGAGGAAAUAAGUAAAUGAAAUGUAUAUGUAAGUAUUGGGAUGAAAUGUAUAUAUACAUAUUGGGAGAAGAUCACAGUUUUUAAAUAUCCCGGUUAUUUUGAUAUGAAAGUUUUAUUUCUAAGUUUUUAAAAGUGAUAAAUAACUAAUGUCCUGUGUACUGUUUCAAGUGUAUCUUAAUAUAGAUGAAAACUUUGAUGUGUAUACCUUCAAAAAAUUACCACUGAUCGUUUCUUUUCUGUAUAUUUAAUAGAUUUCUCAAAAACAUAUGUACAUAUAUCCGCAGGGAAAUAGGUUUAAAGGACAUGGAAAUGGAGCAAGGAUUGGGGAGAACAAGAUACGGGAGGGGAAACUUAUUUAGAUACCAGCUACAACUUCAUCAAAAUGUACCUCAACUGCAAAGUCUGGACGGUAAAUUUUCCAUGCUCUUGGUUUAUGGGGAUUGUCCAGUUCACUUCUUGGAAGAUAAAGCCUAGAACAGAAAAAAAGUGAUUACAAUUUUUCCCCAUUCCAUGCUACAGGACACCCUUGUUCGAGCCUUAAAAAAGCCUUGCUGGCCACCAUCAGUCUCGGUCCCUUCUCUGUGUCUAGUUAACUUCCUAAGCCAGCUCUCCCAUUUUAUUAAGACAAAAUAUAACCUUCAGUAACACCGUGUCACUGAUUUUUCUUUUUUAACGUUGCCUUUUAUGGAAUUAACAUCUGGGUUUAAUAAAAUGUCUGUAUGUGACCAGUCAGACUAGAUGUGUCUUAAAACCCAGUAAUAAAAUAACAGAUGUCUUUUGAA